AUGUUUUACUCGCAGGGUCAAAUGGCCAACCCGCUUGGGUUGAUGUCCCUGAAGCGGGGUAGGGAUGAUGAAGCCACGGAAAGCUGCCAAAUUGGCUUCACUGAGCAUCGGAAUAAGCGCAUACAGACCCUUCCACUGCGCACGGCCACGCGACCAAGCUUCAACCCAGACACAACCUUCUCAUCUCCCGACUCUCUAGCCGUCAAGCCACACGAAUUCGCGUCGGAAAAUGGCGAUGCAUUCCUCGGAAGCUGCUAUGCCCAGCAGGCAGCCUACGCUCAGCAACAACAGGAACAGGUCCAGCCCAGCUUCUCGCCAUGGUCAUCAACCUCGAGCGGCGCCAUCAGCCAGGAAUAUUCGCAUGGUGCCAACGCGGAUAUGGACAUGAUGAUGGAUAGUGAGUGUGGCGGCGACAACCAGAACGGCCGGAUGCCGACACCCAUACUACCCAGCUUUGCAGCGCAGGUCAAGGGUAGCAGCUGGGGUGCCGGUAGUGGCAACGCUUUCCAGAACCAAGGCCAUGACAGAACAGAUGGAUUGCCUUCAUCACCAGCCAUGUCGCCUACCGCAUUCCGUGACCGUACAGUUCCUCGGUCUCUUGAACACUCGUCAGCCGCCAUUGCCGACUGGAACCUGGUGCAAAACCGUCCCUUGCCAUCGCCGAUUAGUGAAAGCGGCGGCGAGGAAAUGAGCAGCCCUAACAUGGUGCUGGACUGCCAAGGAAGUUUCCCCUACAUGGCGCAGCGUUCGUCCUCGGCAAUGGAGCUGCCAAUGUACCUUCGGAGCGAUAGUCCUACUGCGCCUUCAUCACCUCCUCAGGAGCACCCCAACCUGCAUCAAUAUCAGCAGGUACAUCAGCAACGCGAGGGCAGUCCAUCGCCGUCUAAGAAGGGCCACACCCGCUCUCGCCACACUGUAAACAAUUGGACGCUGCAUGGGGGUAUGAAGAAGUCGUUCAGCAUAGGAUACCGAGCAGACUGCGAGAAAUGUCGCCUCAAGGUUCCGGGUCAUUUCAACCACAUCAUAGUCUCUUAGAAGGGACAAGAUUAUUAUUAUGGAGACCCGGAGCUUCUUGCCCAACUGCCAGAGAAAUAUUUUGUUGAGCGUGAGGCUCUGAAACAGAAGAGACUAUGGAGACAACAAGAACAACGUAAAAUGCGAGCGCUCGCUGAUUUGAGUGGGAACGAGGUCCGUCAGGCGACAGAUUGGAUUACCAAAAAUUGGAAGCGUUGGGAAAGACGCGGGGGACAGCGGUCAAAAAUGACAUGCGAAGAUGCCAACAAUAGGCCAUGUCAACGGCCCUGGACAAAUUCGAAUUAUAUUUUCUCGAGCGAUGGAUACCAGACGAACAGGCUCCGGAAGGCGCCUGUCUCUUCUUGGUCACCAAACUUGCCAGCAGGCAGGCCCUAUGAAUUGGACCAGUCCCGGCCUGCUCCACAUGCCGUCAGAAACAUCUUCGAUGGUGACCCUGAUGCAGAUGAUCUUGCGUUUAUGUUCUCGCGUAUAGAUCUGGGCAAGUGA